AUGAUGCAUGGCGAAGGGGAACGGGAAGAUGGAAACCAAAGCUCCUUGGGGGAAUUCAUCCUGCUAGGGGUGUCUGACCGGCCGCAGUUGGAGCUGCUGCUCUUUGUGCUCAUCUUAACCUGCUACACCAUGAUCUUGCUUGGAAACACCACCAUCAUCGUGGUCUCAUGGCUAGACCCCCAUCUCCACACGCCCAUGUAUUUCUUCCUCAGCAACCUCUCUUUCCUGGACCUCUGCUACACCACCAGCAUUGGCCCCCAGAUGCUGGUGAACUUCUGCAGCACGCGAAAAUCCAUCUCCUGGGCUGGCUGUGUGGCCCAGCUCUACAUCUCCCUCUCUCUGGGCGGCACCGAGUGCCUCCUGCUGGCCGUCAUGGCCUACGACCGCUAUACUGCCAUCUGCCAGCCUCUGCACUACACAAUCAUCAUGAGCCGCCGCCUCUGCCUGCAGCUGGCAGCCACCUCCUGGUUGUGUGGCUUCGGCAACUCCAUCCUGCAGACCAUCCUGACGCUGCAGCUGCCCCGGUGCGGGCGGAACCAAAUCGAGCACUUCUUCUGCGAGGUACCGGCCCUGCUCAAGCUGGCCUGUGUUGAUACCUCUGCCUAUGAGGCCGAGCUCCUCGCCAGCGGGGUGAUUUUGCUGCUGGUUCCACUGGGCCUCAUCCUGGUCUCCUAUGGCUACAUCAGCACCGCUGUGCUGAGGAUUCACUCGGCCCAGGGCAGGCUCAAGGCCUUCAACACUUGUUCCUCCCAUCUAGCCGUGGUGUCACUCUUCUAUGGCACGGCCAUUUUCACGUAUCUACAGCCUCCAUCCAGCUACUCCCAGGACCGAGGCAAGAUGGUCUCCCUCUUGUACACCAUGGUGACCCCCAUGCUCAACCCCCUCAUCUACACGCUGAGGAACAAGGAGGUGCACAGGGCCCUGUGCAGGGCACUGGGGAGAAAUGUGACCGCCCAGGUGACCUGA